CAACGUGACCCGGAAGCGGAAUGUGUACGCACUCGCCAUUUUAGCUUUGGAGCAGAAGGUGGAGUUUAAGCUAAGUUAAACCGUUUGCGUGGCAGCGGUUUAUUGUGGCAUUUCUUUUUUGUUACAUUCCGAUUUUCAUUUGGGAUAAGUGAACUCAGCCCGGAUUAAUAAACGUCCUUGAAACAGCGCGAACCACCUCGGCUGUGUUUUUUUUUUAACGUAAUAUUUUGUGACGUCCUCGCAGAAAUAUGGCGGAAGGUGCUCACUACUUUGGCUCUAUGGUGUCAAGGGAGGUUAGGUGCACUGGUUUCAUGACUUCAGAAGAACAUGAUGACCGCACUGGGCCGAGCAAUCGCAACCGGAAAGGCAGAAGUUCCAAUAAGGGUCGCUCGCACGACCGCUUCCGCAGAGACCGCCAACGUGGAGCAGGAGGAGGCUUUGGAGGUCCCGGACCACGGUCCAGACUCGAAGACCUUGACGGAGAUGUGACAAUGAAUGACAGCAGUCAAGACAACAGCAAUCAGAACAGAUUCACUCCGUACGGAAGGCCCUUUCGAAAAGAUGGCCGAGACAGACGACAAGGCAAAGGAGGAGGCGGUAGAGGAGACCAAGGUGGUGGAGGCCGAGGCCGUGCCAGCUGGUACAAAGUGACCAUUCCUCACGGAAAAAAGUAUGACAAGAAAUGGUUAUUGACCGCACUUCAGAACAUCUGCUCUGUAACCUACACGCCUGUUCAGUACCAUAUCGACCAAAACAGAGUCCAUUUCUAUUUGGACGAUGCCACCGCAGCCACCGCUUUGCAGAAAUGCUCCCACAAGAUUACUGACUCCGACGGUUACAAGGUGGAAGUGCACGUCAAUCGCAGCAUUCCACCUAACUUCCUCCUGUCUGAUCUGAAGCCCGAAGACAUCGAGCAUUUGAAACAAUGUAUGGCAAAACGUUUUGAUGGCUCACAACAAGCUCUGGACUUGAACAACAUUCGGACAGACCCCGAUCUAGUCUCCCAGAAUGUCGAAGUCAUCCUGAAUAGGAGGAGAAGUAUGGAAGCAGUUAUCAGGAUUAUCGAAGAGAACAUUCCAGAGCUGACCAGCUUGAACCUGAGCAACAACCGUAUCCACAAGUUGGAUGAUCUUAGUGGCUUGGUUACAAAGGUGCCGAAUUUGAAGAGCCUCAAUCUUUCCCACAACGAGCUGAAGUCGGAGAGGGACCUGGACAAAAUGAAAGGUCUGAAACUGGUUGAGCUCUGGCUGCUCCGGAAUCCCUUAUGUGACCUCUUCAAAGAUCAGGCCUCAUACAUUAGUGCUGUGCGGCAGAGAUUUCCUCGCUUGCUUAAACUUGAUGGCAAUGAUCUUCCUCCGCCGAUUGGAUUUGAUGUGGAAACACCGACUACUAUCCCCCCCUGCAAGGGAAGUUACUUCGGCUCUGACGAAAUCAAGGGCCUCAUCCUUCGAUUCUUGCAACAGUACUACAGCAUAUAUGACUCUUCGGACCGGCAGCCUCUACUGGACGCUUACCAUGAUGGCGCAACGUUGUCCCUCACGAUACCUUUCUCGAGUCAGAACCCCUCCAGGUCGAGUCUGGGAGAGUACCAAAAAGACAGUCGAAACCUGAAGCGGAUCAGAGACUCCACGAGCCGCUUCAGACUGCUGAAGCACACCCGUCUCAAUGUCGUGGCUUUCAUUAAUGAGUUGCCCAAAACUCAGCAUGACAUCGCCUCUUUUACCAUCGAUGUGAACACCUACACUAACACACUACUGUCAUUCACUGUGAGUGGAGUCUUUAAAGAAGUUGCUGUCAAUGGGAAAUCCCGAGACUCCACCAUGGCCUUCUCUCGAAUUUUCAUCACAGUCCCUGCAGGGAAUUCAGGCCUGUGCAUCGUCAACGACCAGCUCUUCAUCCGAAUGGCCACAACAGAGGAAAUCCGCAAAGCCUUUGUGGCGCCCGCUCCGACGCCAUCUUCCAGCCCCGUGCCAACCCUUACCGCGCCUCAGCAGGAGAUGCUGUCGGCCUUCUCGCAGAAGUCGGGCAUGAACCUGGAAUGGUCCCAAAAGUGUCUACAGGACAACGACUGGGACUUUAACAAAGCAGCACAGAUCUUCACGCAGUUACAGACGGAAGGAAAGAUCCCCGAUGUUGCGUUCAUCAAAUAAACGACUUUGUACCUCCUGUGAAAAUGAAAAAUAAUUCAUUUGGUUCGUUUACUAAUUUUGUCGUAUUUUAUUUGGGGUUUUUGCCUCUUGUUAUAUAAGUGGCAAAAAAAAUGGAUGAGUAUACAGGUUCUCUUGGUGUGGUUUUGUUUUAGCAGCCAAAGAUGUCCACAAAUAUUUCGAAUUCAGGCUUAUGACAUUUUUGUUUGAUAUUCACCCUGUAUAGAAAUACUGUUUUCAUUGUAAUAAAGACAUGUUGCCAGUA